CACUCAGCUCCACAUCCAGAAGCUCCCGCGGCCAGACACACGCAUCACUCCACACUAGAGGUGCCAAACUGCGGCUCUGACUGACAAAACUCCGGGUCAGUGGAGAGAAGCUGAACACUUCCCAAAAAGAAAGAGGGGGACUCUUGUGAUUCAGACCUUCAUCCUCCCCCUCUUCUCUGUCAUUUUGAGGAUUCCUACUUUUUUCCCCUCUUUCUUUUUUAUUUUUUUUUAUUUUUUUUCUGCCUCCUCUUGCUGCUGCGGUGCGACUUUUGGAUCGACUUAUUACUGUGCGCCUUUUCUCUGGACAUGUCUUUCCCUCAGCUGGGAUAUCCUCAGUUCCUCAGCGCCGCCUCUCAGGAGGUGUACGGGGGCGAGCGGCCGGCCUCUGCCCGGGAAGGAGGCGCCGAGGGCGGCGUGUGUUCCACCGCCGCCACCGCCGCCGCCGUGGGCUCCAUGCUGGGGAUGUACGGAAGCCCGUGGGUGGCGCGCAACUACAGUGCCUUUUUGCCGUAUAGCGGAGCCACAGACCUCGCCCUCAUUUCCCAGAUGGGCUCUCAGUACGAGCUGAAGGACAGUCCGGGCUCCCACGCCGCCUCGCUGCCUGUCCACGCCGCACAGGGCUUCUAUCCGUACGGACAGUAUCCGUAUGGAGACCCGUCCAGGGCCAAGACGGCCACGAGGGAGACCACCAGCACCCUGAAGGCCUGGCUGCAGGAGCACCAGAAGAACCCGUACCCGACCAAAGGCGAGAAGAUCAUGCUGGCCAUCAUCACCAGGAUGACACUCACACAGGGACACUGCAUGGGGGUGAGCUGCCUGUCAGUUACCCCCUCCUCCUACAGUGGCUUCCCCUCCCACUCCUCUCUUCUCCUCCGCAACACAGAGAUAAUCGGGCUUAUGUAA